AUGUCCAAAGGUUUGGCCGAUAAUUGGGACGAUGCCGAGGGAUACUACUGCGCGCGCAUCGGCGAGGUGUUGGAUGGGCGGUACACGAUCACGGCGCACCUCGGUAAGGGGGUGUUUUCAAACGUCUUGCGCGCGGUGGACGAGUCAAAGACGGAGGGCGAGCCGAGUGAGGUGGCGAUUAAAGUCAUUCGGUGCAACGACUCCAUGUACAAGGCGGCGCAGCUCGAGAUUGACAUAUUACAGAAACUCAGUGGAAGUGAUCCCGAGAAUAAGCGACACUGCGUGCGCUUCGUGCGGCACUUUGAGUAUCGCGAGCACGUGUUCAUGGUGUUCGAGUCGUUGGCGAUGAAUCUGCGCGAGGUGAUUAAAAAGUUUGGCCGUAACGUCGGCAUCAACAUCAAAGCCGUGCAGGCGUACGCCACUCAGUUGUUCAUCGCGCUGAGACACUUGAAGAACUGCGGCGUGGUGCACGCGGACAUCAAGCCCGACAAUGUUCUAGUCAACGAAAGCCACAACGUAUUAAAGUUGUGCGAUUUCGGCAGCGCGAUGUUCGACGGCGACAACGAGUUGACGCCGUAUUUGGUGUCGCGAUUCUAUCGCGCGCCGGAGGUGAUUCUUGGACUGCCGUAUUCGCAUCCUAUGGAUUUGUGGUCAGUCGGAUGCUGCUUGUACGAACUGUUCACCGGUAACAUCUCGUUCCCGGGUCGCUCAAACAAUCACAUGCUAAAGCUCAUGCUCGAACUCAAAGGGCCCGUACCGAAAAAGUUGCUUCGCCGCGCUUUGUUCAAGGAUAAUCACUACGAUCCCAUGGGGAUAUUCUCGGUCGUCGAGGAAGAUCCCGUGACGAAGAAGAGUAUUCGCCGUCUCGUUCGCGACGCCAAACCGACAAAAGAUUUAUCGAAAAUAUUCACGCGCGACUCCGACAUGAGCGACGGCGAGCGCAAAAAAGCGCUUCAGUUGGCCGACUUGCUCAAUCAGAUCUUCAAUAUCGAUCCGGAGAAGCGCAUCACGGUGCUCGACGCGCUGCAGCACCCGUUCAUAGUUGAAAAAAUAUCAUCCGCUUCCGAUGGCAAAUGA